AUUUCACUAUUAUAAAUGCUUAGAAUUGACGAUGUUGUAUUGUAUGAUCAAGACUUCUUUAACUGAUUGCAUCCCUCAAGAAUGAUACAUAUAAGUCAAAACUAAGUAAUUAUUAUUAUUAGAUUAUUAUUAAAUAUAAUCGCUGAAAGUUUUUUCAUGAAAUAAUCGCAGGUGAUAGUCUUAAACAAUAACCAAUAUGAUAAUGAUUUAUAAUUUUAAAAUGUAAUCAGUAAACCGUUAAAUACAUAAAAUACAUAAACACAGUAUAGCCUAAUUCUUUGGCGUUAAAUUCCUGGCAGUAAAAAUUUUGAUUCCGAACAGUUGGUGUUUCAUGAUAAAAUGUUUUCUUAUCAUUUUUAUCUCUUAUCAAUGAGGAGAACUGACCCAAGCCCAAUCCCUUCCUGUUUUCCUACAGUGUCACCACCAAACACAGAAUAUUCAUAUUGUGUAUUACAAAUUAAAAAUUAUUCUGUACAACGCGCUUCACUGCAGUGAAUAUUUUUAUGGUUAUGGGAAAUAAAAGUUCAGACCUAAUGAUUAACACAGGUUGAAUUUGUAAUAUUCACUUAUCACGUAUUUGUAUAUGAAUUAUAAUUUUCAAAUUGUUAGAUUAAUUGAUCUAAACUGUGAUUUUUAAUCAAAACUAUUUAUGAUACGUAAAAAAUUCACAAUUGUUAUAUAAGUUAAUGACUAACGUUUAGCAAUGUCACCCUUAUCUAAAUUAGAACUUAACAAUCAGAUUGUUUCCAUGCGUCAUAUUGUGCGCAAGUCAAAAGUACACACAAUAAAUAAAUUGUCAAGAGAAGCAAAAAAGUUAAAAGCAAAAAAAGGUAGUGAAGAACAAAUUGUCAAAAAUAAAAAUAAAGCAGAACGUUUUGUUAACGAAUUAAUGGUUAUAAAGAAAUUAAAUGAUGAUGCUGUAACAAAAUAUGCUUUACAAAAUGAAAUACUUUCUGCUACAAUAUUAAAUAAUAUAGACAUAACCUUGGAAACCAGGGCACGGGCAAGAUUGGCAGGACAUAAGUUUAUAGUAGAUGCAGUUCAAAGUUUUAGAAACAAAUAUCCAGAUUGGAAACUAUGCCUAACAGAUCUAUUGAAUGAAUUAGGUUCUAAACAAAGAGCAAAAAAUAAACCAAAUGAUAAUAAAGUUGCUGAAAAGAAUAAAAAAACAAGUACAAAUGUUAAAGAAUUUGAAGUUGCUGAGUAUAAUUCUGAUGGAUCUACAGAAAAUGAUGGUUAUAAAACUCAUUUAAAUGAAUCAGAUAUUAGUUUAGAAAAAAUUCAAAGUGAUCAUUUGUUACAUACAGAAAGUAAUGAUGAAAGUGAAGAGAAUCAAGAUACAGUUAAACCAGUUAUUUCUAGUAAAACAAUUGUAAAAAAUAAAAGUUUAAGUAAAUCUAAUGAAACAACUUUACAAGUAUCAAAAAUAAAAGAAAAAAAAUUACCCAAAAUCAUAGCAAAUCCAGAAACAAACAAGUCUAAUGAUAACAUAAAUGGGAAACUUAAUAAAAAAACAUUUAAAAGAAAAUCUAAACAGAAUGUACCAAUUAAAAUUGAAAAUAAGAAAAAAAGAAUUAUAGAAGAUGAAAUUAAACCAAUUUGUGAAACUGUUGAUUCAUUUUUCAUAACAGCAAAUGAUAAAGAUUACAUGUCUGUAUACAAACCACUAACAGUUACAGAAAGAAAACUAGAAGACCCAAAACCUAUAAAAGAAAUUUUUAUAAAAGAAAAAAAAGUUACUGUUGGUAAAAAUAAUAGCAUGAGCAAUCGGAAAGAAAGAAGGCAGCAAAAAGUUGAAGAACAGGUUGAUACUUCAUUACACCCGUCAUGGGAAGCAAAACGUAAACAAAAAUCAUUGGCCAAGUUCGAAGGUAAGAAAAUAACAUUUGAUGAUCAAGAUUAAUUUACAAUAAUAAUAAUAAUGUUUUAUAAUCUCAUGUAAAUAAUAUGAA